AACAGGAGAGAGUCUGUAGGGUUUUGUCUGAGCUCAUGGUGUGCUCCCACGGUACUGGCACACAGGAGGUCAAGAAAGAUCUCCCAACGUGCGUCUCAGUCGUGGAGCAGCCUUCGGCAGUCUCCUCUGCAAAUGGGCUCCAUGGCCUAGCGUCCCCGGACCCGCCAACCGUUUCCACCCACCCACAAGCGACAGCAUGGCAGCCACCCCCUGCAGCGGCUCGCUCGUGGCCACCCACGACUAUUGCCAAUGCCACUGGGGCUCCACUUCCAGUAACAGCUCCUGUGGAAGUGCAGAGUAUCCUGGCGACGCCAUGCCUCAUCACCCCAGUCUCCCCCAGGCCGACCCUGGUCACUGGUGUGCAAGCUUCUUCUUCGGGAAGUUCACUCUCCUGUUCAUGGCUACAGGGUUGGAGUCCCCAGAACGCUCGGACUCUGCCCAGGCCUCCAGCCGCACGAUCACCUGUGAUGUGGCUCUGGAAGGCCUGAGGAAGCAGCCUGGCAGCCAGCCUGGCCAAGCCAACACCGGGCCCCCAUCCUAA